UUUGAAGGCGAUGACCUCGUUUGAGGUCAUCAACUCAUUGCUCUUGUUUUACUUAUAGUUGGCGUUUCAGACACAGACAGUUGUCCGAGUUGAUCGACGACAUACAUGAGAAACAAGCACGUUUCACAUUUGUCUGAGAAACUGAGCAUACAUCACCUUUUGGAAAUGUCCUACGAUAAAGAAUUUCAGGAGAUGGAUGUUUCCAUCGAAGAACUGAACAUCAUCACCGAGAAAAUUCUUCAGCAAAAUGACACCUUGAACAAACAUGCUGAAAACCUUUGCAAGAAAUUGCAAAAAAGGAAAGAUCUCGACGCUUCAUACAAGGAACUGAAGAAAUCCCGUAAAGCUGCUAUCGAUGAAAACAAAAGACUGGUGAAGCAGGUGGAGAGUCUAAGAGUGGACAUCGAAAAGCAGAUACACGUGGAAAAAAUGUGUGAAGAAGAGAGGAAAAGAACAACUCAGGUCUUUGAAAGUAACCAAGACCUGAAAGCAGUUAUGGCCACACUUCAGUUCAAGCUUCAGCAGCUGAACUAUACAACGGAAAUGAAACAAAUACUUUCUGUCUUCAAGUCUGAGAGAAAAAGUUUGAAACAAGAGAACAGAGUUCUCCAGUCUCAACUGAAGGAACUCCAGAAAAAGACUGCCGACAAUGCACACCUUUCAGAGCUGGAUCGGGUGCAAGUGAAACUGAAUGUUGCCAGGGAGAAAGAUUUGAAGACAAAGAUCGAACACAACCUUCUCCAGAAACAAAUCCGAGACCUGCAGGUUCAGAUCCAGGCUCCAAAACAGGAAAUUGCUGUUUUAGAGAAAGAAAUCCAGGAUCUCCAGAGGACAGAUGAGGAACUAAAAGUGGCUAAAGCUGAAUUCCACAAAAUCUCUGAAGAAAAGUCUCAACUUGAAGACAAGAAGAAGCAGCUUCAGGAUGAGGCUUCACAUCUGAAACAGCAGCAGGAAGAGUUACGUGAACUGGUUCUUCAGCACAACAAGGUACAGAAUAAACUGAGACCCCUUCAAGCAGAAACGAAGACCCUCCAAGACCAAAGAGAUAUGCUGACUGACCUUCUCAAACACCGUCAAACAUUGGAGACUAAAUGUAAGGACAUGAAAUCAGAAACUGACCGUGUGGUGGCUGAAAACUUCCACCUUUAUGUUCAAGUUGAUGAUUUGCAAAAGAAGGUUUCAAAUUCCAAUGAUGUGGAGGACAAAGUUUUAAAAGUGAAGGAGAAAAAUUUGAAGGUGAAGGAAGAACACGACCUUCUCCAGAACCAGAUCCAGGACCUGCAGGUCAAGUUCCAGGCUACAAAACAGGCGACCGCUGCUCUAGAAAAAGAAUUCAAAGAUCUCCGGAAGAAUGAUAAAAAACUGGAAAAGGCCAGGGCUAAAUAUCAGAAGAUCUUUGAAGGAAAUUCUCAACUUGAAGAUGAGCAAAAGCAGCUUCAGGAUCAGGUGUCACACCUGAAACAGCAGCAAGAAGAGGUUUUUAAACUGGCUCUUGAGUACAACAACGUACUGACUACACUGAGAACCAUUCAAGAGGAAACAAAGACCUUCGAAGACAGAAGAGAUAUGCUGACUAAUGUUCUGCAACACUGUCAAACAUUAGAGAUGGAAUGUAAGGACAGAAAAGCAUAAAUGGAUCCUGUGAAGGCUUAAAACUUCCACCUUGAUGUUCAACUUGAUAAUCUGCUAAAGAAGCUUUCACAUUUCAGUGAUGUGGAAGAAGGAGUUUUGAAAGUGAAGGAGGAAAAUUUGGAGGUAAAGAAAAAACACGACCUUCUCCAUGACCAAAUCCAAGACCUGCAGGUUGAGCUGACAAAUCCUCAUUCAAAACCGUCAAACGCUGAAGCCUGAGUGUAAUAAAGACCUAAAGAACUAAAGAACUCCAACUCUUAUAGAGAAAUUAAAAAUGUGAUUGGAUUUGUAAUCCUUCUGCUAUCUCUUUUGUGUAUAUGUAUAUAUUUAAAAUGAAAUGAGGGUGGGUGUGUGUGUGUGGGGUGGCGGGGGGGGACUAUCAUAGCGUACUCCACAAACUGACCUCCUCCCUAGAAAGUGAUGUUGCUUGUUAGGGAGGAGACCUCAGGGUGUACGCAUUUCUUAAAAGUCCCCCCCACCACCACCACCAUUCACACAAAUGUUCACAAUGUUGUAAUGUUGUAAUGAUAUGUAAUGUAAUGUUUUAGAGUUUAGACCGGCGUUAUAAAAAAAUAAAAAAUAAAUAAAAAAAGGGCGACACACUAAAAAGUGUGUUUGUGUGGGUUUUCUCUGAGCGCUUCAGUUUCCCCCCACCCAACCAGAAUAUAUAGUUUUUAGGAUUAAGAUUGUUUGUUUAAAUUAGUAAACUGGGAAAAAAAGUGUUGCAAUUCUUCUAAUUCUUUAAAUUAAAAAAAAUAAAAAAACAAACAAACAAACAGAUAUUUGAUUCCCAGUUUUUUAAUUACGGUCGUACAAAAAGAAUUGCAACACACCAAAUUUUUCCCCUCCGUGAACUGCCACCUUAACGUUGGUGGAGGGGUUUGUGUGCUCGAGUGAACCUAGAAGCUAAUCUGUCCAGAACUGAUACCCAUGGUAUGAUGUCUACGACAGAUGGGUUCUAGGUGACGAGCCAGACUAAGAGCGGUUCAAAAUCAGUCAGAAACAACAAGGUCCAGUUGGAACAUCCAGAUUGCAGUCAGGACAGGCCUGGAGCUGGGGCUCUUCCCAUCCUAAAGAAACAUUUCAAUGUGGGCCCCAUAUGGUUUACCUUUGAGCUGAAUUGGUGCGCCCCAGGUGGGUUUGUUCGCAAAUUUCAUGGUGGCCCCAUCUGUGUUUGCCUACAUUGGCUUAGGUGGGGACUCAGUGGUCUGGGUCCCUACGCUAACCAGCCGCCCGGUGGACAGCGUAAUGAGCUAAUACGCUUCCCGGUAGAAAGCGUAGCGAGUUAGAGAGCUCCGCUGCCCAGCAAACCAGACUGCUGAGUGGUCCCUCAAGCCAGUGUGGGCAAACACAGGUGGAACCACCAAUCAGCCCAAAGCUCAGCCCAUAUGGGCCUUCAUUGAAAUGUUCAUUGGGAUGGGGGCUGGUCGAUUCCGACCCAACAAAAAGAAAUUGAGCUCUCCUCCCAGGGCCCAGCACUUCCGGGUGAGCUGAUAAGACGCUGAUGCAUUGUGGUUCGUGCAGCAUUGGAUGGCAGGUGCCUUGGCAGCAUAUCAUGGAAGAUUUUUUUUUUUUUUGGUUUGCAUUAGGGAUACAGUUUGCUCACGGUUUGAUAAGUACCUCAAUAUGAGCAUCACGGUUCUUUAUGUAUGUAUUGAGCAAGAAAAAAAAACCCCGAAAUCCUACUAUUCCAUAGAUAAUCAUUUAUUUUACACAGAGAAAUACC